GCGGCCGUCCAUAUAUGGUCGUUCCGCUCUGUGACGUCGUGACCCCGCCCCCUCCUCCAGCUGUUAUCAAUGAAGAGUGAAACUCUCAAUCUGAAGCUGCUUUUAAACAGACCCAACAAGUACAGUAGAUUAUAAAGUCAUCUCCAACAAGUAGCCUACUUUAUAACGAAAAUUAUCACAAAAAAAUAUAUUUAUUUUUUGUGAUCAUUUUUAUUUAAGAACAAUUAUUUAUUACUUUUAAAUUAUUUUUAAAUACAAUUUUUUUGUUGUUGUUCAGCCAUGACCUCCAGCAGUGAGACUUUGGAGAUAACUAGCAAUGAGCUGGUUCACAUACUCAGUAGCCCUGGUUCACAUACUCAGGUGGUGCUCGACUGCAGACCUUUCCUCGACUUCUCGUUUGCGCACAUUUCUGAGUCCAGAAACGUGAACUGGAACUCGAUGCUGCGUCGCAGAUCCAAGAGCUCCGUGGUGGCUCUGGAGUGGCUGGUGCCGGACAAGGCGCUCCUCGGCCGGCUGCGGAGCGGAGAGUUCUGCCCGGUGGUGGUGGUGGACCAGAGCAGCAGCUCCGUGGCCGAGCUGAAGGUGGAGAGUGUGGCCCAGAUGUUGCUCACAGCUCUACACAACGAAGUCCACACACAGAUCUGCUUCCUACAAGAUGGAUUUGAGGGAUUUUCAGAGGCCUACCCAGAGCUCUGUUACAGCUCAGCCAGCAGUCGCCUCUCCACAGUGGAACCAGAGCCAACAGUGUCAGGUCGCAGGACACCAGCAUAUGAUCAGGAUGGUCCAGUGGAGCUGCUGCCCUUCCUGUUUCUGGGCAGUGCCCUCCACUCCUCCCGCAGAGAGACCCUGGCAGCAGCGGGCAUCACCGCCGUGCUCAACGUUUCCUCCACAUGCCCCAACUUCUAUGAGAGCGAGCUCCAGUACCUGAGGCUCACGGUGGAGGACAGCCUCGUUGCUGACAUCAGAGCGUGCUUCUCCACAGCCAUCGCCUUCAUCGACUCGGUGAAGCAGAGCGGCGGUCGGGUGCUGGUGCACUGCCAGGCAGGUAUCUCCCGCUCAGCCACCAUCUGCCUGGCCUACCUCAUGCACACGCAGCACGUCAAGCUGGAGGAGGCGUUUGACUUUGUGAAGCAGCGGCGUCAGGUCAUAUCCCCCAACCUGGCCUUCAUGGGACAGCUGCUGCAGUUCGAGACAGACGUGCUCUGCCAGGGAUGAAGACGCAGACACAUCAAGAGGCAGCAUGACUGUUCUUUUUUAAUCCAUUCUCCUGCCUCUUGUAGGCGUUACACUCAGAGCAUUAUCAGGACUCAUGUUUACAAAUGCACUGUUUGUACUAUUGAAAGCAGUGUAAACUUUGUACAUUCAGAGAAAAGCUACUUGUGUUGCUGGCAUCACAUGACUGCUGGAUCUGAACUCCUACUGUACUUUCAGGAGAAACUGACAAACAAUAAUGAUUCUGAGCCAGCAAGUUGGAGCAGCUAAUUUCCCUCUGACAUUUUAUACUGAUUUAUGUGCCUGAUCUUUUGCAAGGGCUGUCUUAUUUUCAUACUGGAAGUCAUUCCUUCACAUUUCCGACCACUGUGACAUGACACGUCUUUUCACGAGACGACACUGUGUUAACUACUCGAGGCAACACUGGAGGAAUUUUAUUAUCUAAUAUAUAAAAAAUGCACACUUGUUACACUCAAGCUGGAAGAAGUUAUGUAAAUAGAUGUUUUUUAUUUGUAUUUAUUAUUUCAACAUUUCUUAAGACAGUGUGAGCAUUAUUACUGUCUGUUACUGCACUUUAAGGUUUGGCUGAUUCCUGCUGUUUUUUCCACUGAAAUAAAAACAUGCUGGAGAACA